GUGAGUGAAGGGUCGGGGAACGAUUUCGCUUCGUUGUCGCCCAAAUUAUUAUUUCAUGACGAAUAGUGAGAUUCUUGUAAAUGGAUUGAAAUAAGUGUUAUUGUUUGGUGCUUGGUUUUUUUGUGACCUCAACUUACCUUCAGUAUUAUUCACAGCAGCUCAUAAUGAUUUUAUUUUUUAAUAUACCAAAUAGCAAUUAAGCAACUACCUUGAAUAGAGACAUGAGCAACACAGCACAACUGAAAUGGAUAGCGUAAAGAAAAUACAUUCGGGCACACUCUAUCGCAACGGACCGGUAGAAGGUGCGUACGGGCCGCAGCACAGCCCCGUGUCGCGGUCGGACGCCUCUACCGAAGACGCGGAGCUGUCAGCCGCGCUCGCGCAUCAACACCAUCUGGCCAUGCAGGCCGGCGAGUACCCUGGUGUCGGAACCGUGGAUCCCGACUAUGGGCAAUACGUGUCAUCGCCGGCCACACAUUACAAUCACAUGGGCCACCUCACGAUGGCACCAUCGCAGAAAUAUCCCCAUGUUAUGGACUCUGUAUCUGUAAGCGGCGGUGGUACGUACGGUGGCGCGGGGGGUGCCGGUCAUUACGGCACGUACGGGCAUUACGGCGCCGCCGCGUAUCAAGCGCAGCCCGCCUAUAUGGUCGAGCCACCACCACAAGUGCCCGCCUACAUGGGACAGGAAUACGUCGAAGGCGGAGGUAGUGCGUCGCCCAGAAGCGCAUCUCCCGGCGCUUUGCCUCAACACAAUUUACAUUUACAACAGAGGUACGAUUCGACGUCGUUGGAGCAACUAGGUCGACAUUAUUGCGUGACGUCACCGCGCGGCGAGUACGCCACGGACGCGUACGGAUACCAACACUAUCCCACUGCGUACGAUCCCCCACCCCACCAACCUCCUCAGUUCAAGGAUUCACAAAACGGAUUAAGCUUGGGUAGUGCUGGAGGGCAAUCGAUGUAUGGUGAUGAGGAGGAGCUUCAGAAACAGAUGGCUGGCAUGGCAUUGGGUGAAUACGUUCACGGUGGUGUAGGGGGCCGUGAAGAUGGCGGUGGUCUACAAUGGCGUGAUCCCAAUUUACCUGAAGUGAUCGGGUUCCUCAACUCCCCGUCAGAUGUCGUGAAAGCGAACGCGGCCGCUUACCUCCAACACCUCACUUAUAUGGACGAUCCCAACAAGCAGAAGACGAGGAGUCUCGGUGGUAUCCCGCCAUUAGUCCGUCUAGUGUCCCACGAGAACCCCGAAGUAUGCAGGAACGCGUGUGGAGCCCUAAGGAAUCUUUCGUACGGUAGACAGAACGAUGAGAACAAGCGGGCGAUUCGUGACGCCGGUGGCAUACCAGCACUCAUGGCAUUACUAUGCCGAGCUACGGAUAUGGAGGUGAAAGAACUGGUGACCGGUGUGAUAUGGAACAUGUCCUCGUGUGAAGAUCUGAAGCAGUCAAUAAUCGAUGAUGCGGCGCAAGUGAUUGUGAACAAAGUGAUCAUACCUCACUCAGGGUGGCAUCCAACCAAUCCUGGUGACACCUACUGGUCUACAGUAUUCCGAAAUGCAUCUGGCGUUCUUCGUAACGCUUCAUCGGCUGGUGAAUAUGCUAGAAGGCGGUUAAGAUGUCUCUCGGGAUUACCCGAAGCCUUACUGCAUACAGUACGCGCCGCUGUAAGAGCCAACGCCAUCGGCACCAAGAUAGUAGAGAACUGCGUCUGCGUGUUGAGGAACCUCUCAUACAGAUGUCAAGAAAUAGAAGAUCCAUUAUACGAUACAAGAGCACCACCCACACAGUCUUCUGGUCAGGCGAGGAUACAAGCUAGUGCAUCUAAAGGUGAAAACCUCGGCUGUUUCGGCGGCAGUAAAAAGAAAAAGGAAGGUUCAUCGUCAUCUAAUUCCACCAGCCCCUUGGGAAAAAGUGAACCGGAAUCCCAACCGCUGGGCGACUCAGCAACCACGCAACUGGGAUACAGUGUGCCUAAAGGGACAGAAAUGCUGUGGUCACCAGAGGUGGUGCCAUUGUACAUGGCGUUGCUGCAGACGUGUUCGAACCCGGAGACGUUAGAAGCUGCGGCGGGAGCGUUACAGAAUCUAGCAGCUUGUUAUUGGCAGCCCUCCAUCGAUAUUAGAGCUGCUGUCAGGAAGGAGAAAGGUCUUCCCAUCUUGGUGGAGUUACUGCGAAUGGAAGUGGACCGCGUUGUAUGCGCUGUCGCAACAGCGUUACGCAACCUCGCCAUAGACCAGAGGAACAAGGAGCUAAUAGGCAAAUACGCGAUGAGGGAUCUCGUACAGAAGUUACCUAGCGGGAAUCAACAGCACGAUCAAGGUACAUCGGACGACACGAUAGCAGCCGUAUUGGCGACACUCAACGAAGUUAUAAAGAAGAGUGGGGAGUUCUCACGGUCAUUAUUAGAAGCGGGAGGUGUCGAGAGGUUGUUGAACCUAACGAAACAACGCCACCGUCACACGCCUAGAGUAUUGAAGUUUGCAGGUCAAGGUACACCGAUGUCAGGUGCCGGCGGCGCUCCUCACUCGCCAAGCAACGCGAACAGCACCCUCAGUAGACCGAUGGCGUCCACGGGUGGCACCCGGUACGAGGAUCGAACGAUCCGUCGACACCGAGAGAACGAUGACACGAUGGACGCGAAUAAUUAUCAAGACGGCCUCGGUAUGGGCAAUCCGAACGGGCGGCCAAUGAAUUUGCAAGGUGUCCAAGCGCAGAUGCCAAUGCCGCCCAGCAGUCGUUAG